AUGAAGCGGCCCCCUCUUCUGACCUUCCUAUGCCUCCUGGUGGCCCUGGCUGGCGGGAACCUGGUCCAGUUCGGGGUGAUGAUUGAGAGGAUGACGGGGAAGCCCGCGCUGCAGUACAAUGACUACGGCUGCUACUGCGGGGUCGGCGGCGCCCACUGGCCGGUGGACGAGACAGACUGGUGCUGCCACGCCCACGACUGCUGCUACGGGCGCCUGGAGAAGCUUGGCUGCGAACCCAAAAUGGAAAGGUACCUCUUCUCCGCCACCAGGCACAGCAUCUUCUGCGCCGGCAGAACCAGCUGCCAGCGAUGGACCUGCGAGUGUGACAAGAAGGCUGCGCUCUGCUUUCGCCGCAACCUGGGCACCUACGACCGCAAAUACGCCCAUUACCCCAACAAGCUGUGCACCGGGCCCACCCCCCCCUGCUAA